UUUAGUUUUUACCGGUGAAACUACCGGACUUCUCCUGGUCUUUCUCCUGCACACGGGCGCUUGCACAUGAGCCGGGAACAUAGCUUUGAGAUGAAGGGUACCUCCGCCAACUUCGUCAUGGACAGGCCCGAGAGCGACGAGCGGCAGCUCAUCAACCAGUCGGCGGGGGACCGCGGCAGUGCGCCCCGCCCGCCGGCCCGCAAGGCUCCGGUGAUCCUCUACGUGCUCACCCUGCUCGCUGCUAUCGGGGGGUUCCUGUUCGGCUACGACACCGGGGUGGUCUCCGGGGCCAUGAUCCUGAUACGAGAGGACUUUAAGCUGUCUACUGUCUGGCAAGAGGCCAUCGUGAGCGUGACGAUAGGGGCAGCGGCUCUCUUCGCUUUGCUGGGCGGGCUGCUGAACGACACGUUCGGAAGGAAGCCCGUCAUCCUACUCGCUAGCUUCGUGUUCACGGCCGGGGCGGUGGUCAUGGGCGCCGCGCAGUCUAAAGUGCUGCUGCUCAUCGGGAGAAUCGUCGUGGGCAUCGGGAUAGGUUUGGCGUCGAUGACCGUUCCCAUGUACAUCGCGGAGGCCGCCCCCCCAGAGAUGCGCGGCCGCCUCGUCACCAUCAACAACAUGUUCAUCACGGGCGGGCAGUUCGUCGCCAGCGUCAUCGACGGAGCCUUCAGCUACAACAAGCAGGACGGGUGGAGAUACAUGCUAGGCCUGGCUGGUGUCCCCUCACUUGUCCAGUUUGUUGGCUUUCUCUUCUUGCCAGAAAGCCCCCGUUGGUUGGUCCAACAUGGAGAUAACCUGAUGGCUAAGAUGGUUCUGAAGAGGAUGCGGGGCCUCGACAACGUGGAUGAGGAAUUUGAGCAGAUCAAGCAGUCCUUUGAGGAGGAACAGCGCGAGAGAAAAGAGUCAGGUGUGAGCGGCCCUGUCGUCCUGCGUAUGCUACAGCACCCCCCCACCCGCAGGGCGCUGUUCGUGGGCUGUGGACUGCAGAUGUUCCAGCAGAUAGCCGGCAUCAACACUGUCAUGUACUACUCAGCCAGCAUCAUAAAGAUGGCAGGUGUCCAGGACGACUCCAUGGCCAUCUGGCUGGCAGCCGUCACCGCCUUUGUGAACUUCCUCUUCACAGCUGUGGGGGUCUACCUGGUGGAGAAGGUGGGGAGGAGGGUACUGGCUCUGGGCAGCAUGGCAGGUGUGUUCCUGAGCCUGUUGGUUUUAGCCAUUGCAUUCUGGUUCUCAGCCCAGUACUCCCCUCCCAUCACCUACCUACCUGCACACGGUGGCAACGUCUCACAACACUGCAACUCAUACAAUAAGUACUCCCCUCCCAUCACCUACCUGCCUGCACACGGAGGCAACAUCUCUCAACACUGCAACUCAUACAAGACCUGUAACCAGUGUGCGAUGGACGACGACUGUGGAUACUGCUUCAGUCUGGACUCAAACAACUCAGUAGCUAACGGCUCCUGCGUGCCCUCGGACGCCGGGCGAUGGGACACGUUUGCCAGAACCGGUCGAUGCGCGUACACCAACGACACAACAGAUCACCAUGCGGCGGGAGUAAGCUGGGCGUUCAACUACUGCCCAUCCAGCUACUCUUGGCUUGCCAUCCUGGGGCUGGUCCUGUACCUCAUGUUCUUUGCACCAGGAAUGGGUCCCAUGCCGUGGACCAUCAACUCCGAGAUCUACCCCCUCUGGGCUCGCAGCACCGGCAACGCCUGCUCAGCUGCAACCAACUGGGUCUUCAACCUCCUGGUCUCCAUGACGUUUCUGACAUUGACCGAGACUCUAACCAGGCCAGGCACUUUCUUCAUGUACAGUGGCCUAGCCCUUUUGGGGGUCCUCUUCAUUUGGGCCUUCGUGCCCGAAACGAGGGGCAAGCGUUUGGAGGAGAUUCAGGCGAUAUUUGAGGGGCCGUGCGUGAUGGGUUGUGGUGGUAGUGGUUCACACUACACGCACGUCUCCGGGAAGGUCAGAGGUCAAACUCCUGAGCCGUCGGUGUGUACCCCCAUCCUUGAGGAGGAGAGAAGUGCUAUCUGGAUGUACAGCUCCUUGGCGUUCCUUGGUCUUCUCUUCAUCUUCUUCCUGGUCCCUGAGACUCGCGGGUUACGGCUUGAGGAGACGGAGCUGCUGUUUAACCGGCCCUGGGGUCAGAUUACUGCCCCCUUGCAGCAGGACAGAAAAGUGCAGUACAUCCGGGUCAGAGGUCACAACCAGGGCACCUCCGACGCUUCCGAUGUUGAAUGACAGUAGAUAUGUUAGAGAUGUCAUCAUAAUUGUAGAUAUAUUCCCAUUUUAGUCAAAUGUUUAGCUUUUGUUUCUUUUUUGAAAUCCUUUUUUCCGAGCAAGCUUCCAUGACAUUACAUGUAAUUAGUUUACAAUAGAUAGAAUAUUAUUAAUUUUAACUGUAGUAUGACAGAUGGCUAAAUGUCUGUAUGAAUGUGUUGUUUUUGUCUCUAGAAAUCUCUAUUCAUUAUGCCCCCUAUCCAAGGAUGGUAACAUUAAAAAAAAGUAGAAAUUGUAAAAAUAUUUAUGAUGUAAAAAAGAGACUUGAGCAAAGAUGAAUAAAGCAAUCCAGAUGCUCUAUAAACAUUAUAUCUCAUUUCCAGGCCUUGUUCCCCUCAUAAUUACUAAACCAGUUGUUGAAGAACAACCAUUUUAGGCCACACCAAAUUUAUUUGCUGCUUCUCGGAUUUUUUUC